GGGCGUUGCAGAUUGAGCUAGAGAUCUAGAUUUUAAUAGCCCCACCAAAUUAAUUAAUCAACCUAACUAGUUGUACUUGUACUGUAGCUGUCAUGUCUGAGAUCAAGGCGAAUGAAUCUCCAGUCGAGAGUGGAAGGGUGGAGGAGGUCAUCUCAAUGAGAGUUCUUGAGGCCAAGAACCUUUCAACCUCCAAUGACCUGAGGUCCAGCAGGGACACCUAUGUGUGUGUGGGCCUAGACCAAGAAGAGAUAUUCAGAACAGCAGUGGUAGAGAAAAGUCUAACUCCAUUCUACGGUGAGGAGUACAAGUUCACUGUCCCUCGCUCAUUCCGUCACCUGUCCUUCUACGUCUGGGAGAGUUGCAGUCUGUCUCGAGACACAAUGCUGGGAAAGGUUGCCAUCAGCUGUGAGGAGCUCAAAAAUGACCCUGUGAGGGAGGAUCGCUGGUACCCCAUCAAGCCUAUAGGUCCUGACUCUGAAGUACAGGGUUGCGUGCAAGUGUCACUGAAUGUUUCUGAGAAGUUAAUGCUGAAUCGUAGUGGUGUCGGACAUACUCAGUUUGUCCUAUCAGUUCGGGUACUUGAAGGAUGUGGUCUCAGUGUGUGGGGUACAAGUGGACUGUCCGACCCCUACUGUCAGGUGUUGCUGUUAGGUAACGGACCAGGGAUACAAUCAGAGCUGAAGCGUGGCCAAGUUCACAAGAGAACCGUCAAUCCAAAGUUUCAAGACAAUUUCGACUUCCCUAUCAAUAGUGUCAAGGAUCUACGCAACAUCAUUGUCAGAGCAUCAAUAUGGCAUCAGUCGCUGCUCUCUGAGGAUGUAUUCAUGGGCCAGGUUAACCUGCUGAUUGGAUCUCUCGAGCCGGGCAAGGCUCACACCAGCUGGUACACCCUCCUCCCACGCCCCAACGUCUCUGGAAGAAUCCCACAACCAAGUAUUGGGACCAUGAGGAUCAAAGUAAACUAUGCACUAGACUACGUUCAUCCUCGCUCCUCCUAUGAGCCACUCAUCUCCCUACUGGCACGCAGCUUUGAGAACGGGGAGUUCAGCAAUAGUGCAAUGUGGCUGCUAAAUGAAUGUUCUAAAGACCGACCUUCCAUGGGACGAUCACUGGUCAAGACAUUCCUGUCCCUUAAUAAGCUUGAAGAGAUGAUGCGUUAUCUGAUAGAACUCGAAGUGAAUGGCACGCUAGACCCAAACACUCUAUUCCGAGGCAACUCACUAGUAUCAAAGGUCAUUGAUGAGUUCAUGAAGGUCAAUGGACACGACUAUCUCAAGAAGACACUCACCCCCUGCAUAGACGAGAUCUACGAGGCGCGGAAAAACUGUGAGAUUGACCAAGCCAGGCUGAAUGAUGGAGACAAUGUUGACGUCAAUAUGGCUAACCUUAUGUUCUUUGUGGUCAAGAUCAUAUCAGCCAUCACUGCCUCGGCUCGCUCCUGUCCACGGAUCAUGUGCUCUGUGUUCGCCAUGCUGCGAGAGGCAGCUAUAAGAAAGUUCCCAGAUAGUCAAGAGACAGUACAGUACUCAGCAGUGAGUGGGUUUGUGUUCCUACGGUUCUUUGCACCGGCCAUCCUCAGCCCAAAGCUUUUUCACCUCAGACAAGAGUACCCUAGUCCAGUGGUGGCUCGAACUCUGACCCUUAUCUCAAAGAGUGUGCAAAGCCUUGUCAACAUAGGUGGACCAAAGUCGGCAAGUCUGAAGCACAAGGAGCUGCACAUGAGCAAACUGAACAUGGAGCUCCAGGACCAGACACAGAAUGUGAUGGCCUACCUCACGGCCAUCUCUGACCCCCAGGGGGGGUCGGAAUGCUCUCAGGAGGACACCGUAUUCACGGAGGGGUACCUGGUGAAGAGGUCACAAGGUCGUAAGAAGGGCCCUAAGAACUUCAGGAGACGAUUCUUUUCUUUAACAAACGCUGGUCUGAGCUACCACAAGGGCAAGGGGGAAGCCCCUCUGUGCAGCAUCCCACCAGAUGAGCUCCUCGCUGUCGAGAGAGUAGACGAUGAUGUCUUCUCAAUGAAAUUUAUGAUGCAGGUUGUUCAGCCCACUAGGAUCCUAUACAUGCAGGCCAGCAACAGUGUGGAGCAGCUCGAAUGGUUGCGUGCUUUAGCAAAAGUCUGCUCUAGUUCACCCAUGGAUUUCUACCACAGUGGAGCCUUUAUCGGGGGAGACUGGACCUGCUGUGGCAGUCCUUCGGAGGACACUACCGGAGGAUGCAAACCACUCUCAUUAGCUGUCCGGAUGUUGGGCUGUAGAGAGGACAUCGACCUUCAGAAAGAGCUUCACAAUAUCUACAAGAUGUUUCUGGCUGGUCAAGACUAUCUUAUGAAAAUGAAAGACGAGGCCACAGUGGCUGCUCGUGAGGAUGGGGAGGGUGCCGGAGCGGACCUGCCCCCACGACUAAGGACACUUUGUGAGCUGAUGGUGUUUAUCAAGAACCUGGAGAUCACCUCCACCUCCCUCCUCCAGAGCACGGCACCACGACUGGGGACCAGGGAAGCACCCUACUGCUGCUCAAGUAGUGAGGCAGUCAUCAUUAGAGUGAACUAAAUCUCAUUUUUCAUUGUUGCUUUUUUAUCUCUCCUAUUAAUUCUUGUGUGUUUUAUCAAAUUAGUGUUUUUUGAAGAUACUUUCCAUUCUAUUUAUUUCUGUAUAUAAAGUCAAUUGUUCUUCAAGCAAAUUAAUCAUGUGACACAUGACUAUAA